AUGGGUUCACCAAGCAGAGCAUGGGUUAUGGCAGUUAGUAUUGGCGCUGUGGAGGCACUGAAAGAUCAAGGAUUCUGUAGGUGGAACUAUAGCAUAAGAUCGCUACACCAGCAUGCCAAGAACAACCUCAGGUCUUUCUCUCAGACCAGGAGGCCCUCUGGAUCUCAAUCUUCUGCAGUAGUUUCAAGUAAAGUAAGAGAAGAGAAAGCAGAACAAUCAGAGGAGUCUCUGAGAAAAAUCAUGUAUUUGAGUUGUUGGGCAGCUUCAACGCCCCCGCCUCCAACACAGCCUUCACCAAGCCAAGCACCCCUCACAAGUUACCAACCACCCACUGCAAGUGCCCCACCAAAACCAAACCUUACCAACAUCGCUGCCGUGAAUGCACCGUCACAACCACCACAGGAACUCCGACUAUAUAAUGGCUAUGCGGACUUGGAGGCAGGUGGUUUCAACCGGAGGAAUGAGGCUAGGGAGUUGGCAAGGAAAAUAGUUUUGGCCAGGGAAGGAGGGAGAGGAAGGGGAAUUAGGGUGGGUUCAUCUUUGGGAAGGGGGCGUCAACUGUCAUUGGUUAGGGAGACAGAGACCACUCAGACCAGUGCUCUUCAUCCUCGUCUCACCACUCGGGAGGCAGCAAUCAACUCAGGCAGGUAG